AUGACAAUCUACAUGCGCGCCUCGUCGUCGGGGACCUCGACCGCGGCCCCGGCGCAGGAAACCCCCCAGCCCGCCUCGUCGCGGAACAACCUCUCCAAGAGGCAGCCGCCCGGCGCGGACGAAAGGACGGUCACGAUAGACAUGAGGGGUGUCCACAGCGCAGACAUACUCGAGCGCCUGCUCGCCGAGACGCGCGCAACGGCACUGCAGCCUACGGGCGCGGACAUUGCCGAGAUUCAGAAGCUCGAGGCCAUGCAGAAGCAGGCGAGCAUUGACAGGGAGAGGAUCAGGGCGCUGAGGGCGGAGAAGAAGAAGGAGGACGACAUGCUGAAGCGGGCGAGGGCGGCUGGGGGUAUGGCUGAGCAGGAGGAGGCGUAG